AGCGCGCCGAGGCCGAACCGACGUGCCUUGCUAAUUUCCUGCGUUCGGGCCGGUAGCGCUAGACGAGCAGGCGGCGGGCGCGGCCCUCGUAUUCAAUUCCGUCACCACUUUCUCCUCACGCCUUCAACGUCUCGCAUCCCAUCCCAUUCCGUCCCGUCCUCCCCCAUUCCAUCGUAGUACCACCGCCGGUCGUCACCCACAUCUCAAGCUUCGUCUCAUGUCAUGCAACGCAGCGUGCUAUAAUACGGCGCCACACAAUCACAGCCCCGGCCGGUCGGCUCGCGCUACCCCUAUAUAUCGUCCUCAUUCUCAUUCCCUGACCACUGAGUCACUGACCACCUCCCUCCCCGGCCGGCCAUCUCUCCCGAGCUAAACUGUGGCAGGCAGCUAGCUGUUACGAGCUAGCUCCGCGCGCGCUAGGCGGCGUCACGUACGUGCUGUGAUCAACUGUCUAGUUCUCCACUCGACGCGGACACCCUGACCCGCGCGCGCGCCGUGGCCAUGGUCGCCGCCGCCGGGCGCAGGCGGCGCCGCUGCGCGGCCGCCAUCCUCCUGGUCCUGCCCGUCGUCGCCGUCCUCGCGUCGUCGUCCGCGGCGGCGGACGGGUCGUUCAUAACGUGGGACGACCUCAGCACGCCGUCCGCCGCCGCCGUGCAGGGCGGCGUGAAGGCGGCCAGCGGGGGAGGCGCCCGCGAGCUGGACACGAUCGUGGUGGCGCAGGACGGGACGGGGCACUCGCGCACCGUGCAGGGCGCCGUCGACAUGGUGCCCGCCGGAAACAGCCGCCGCGUCAAGAUCCUCGUCAGGCCCGGCGUGUACAGGGAGAAGGUGACGGUGCCGAUCACGAAGCCGUUCGUGUCGCUCAUAGGCAUGGGCAGCGGCCGCACGGUGAUCACGUGGAACGCCAGGGCGUCGGACAUGGACCGCUCCGGCCACCAGGUCGGCACCUUCUACUCCGCCUCCGUCGCCGUCGAGGCCGACUACUUCUGCGCCAGCCACAUCACCUUCGAGAACUCCGCGCCGGCGGCGCCGCCGGGGGCCGUGGGGCAGCAGGCGGUGGCACUGCGGCUGUCCGGCGACAAGACCAUGCUGUACAGGUGUAGGAUCCUGGGGACGCAGGACACGCUGUUCGACAACAUCGGCCGCCACUUCCUCUACAACUGCGACAUCCAGGGCUCCAUCGACUUCAUUUUCGGGAACGCGAGGUCCCUGUACCAGGGGUGCACGCUGCACGCGGUGGCGACCAGCUACGGCGCGAUCGCGGCGUCGCAGCGGAGCUCGGCGGAGGAGGACUCCGGGUUCUCGUUCGUGGGGUGCAGGCUCACCGGCUCCGGCAUGCUGUACCUGGGCAGGGCGUGGGGCCGCUACGCCCGGGUGGUCUACUCCUACUGCGACCUCGGCGGCAUCGUCGUGCCCCAGGGAUGGAGCGACUGGGGCGACCAGUCUAGAACAAAGACGGUGCUGUUCGGGGAGUACAGCUGCAAGGGCCCAGGGGCGAGCACGAGGAACCGGGUGCCUUGGUCCCGCUCGCUCACCUACGACGAGGCGCGGCCGUUCCUCGGCCCGAGCUUCAUCAACGGCGAGCAGUGGCUCAGGCUGUAGAUCCGAUCCGUCCUCCCGGCUGCCGAGCUGAGCUUCGUCGACGGCGAGCUAUGGUCCCUCCGUCCGAGCUGUGUGUAGGUCAUGCGACUUCUCUGGUCUUCUUCGGUGCAUAUAGCGUGACAAGCAAGCAGCUAGUCAGACUGUAGACAUGUACGCUGUACCAUAUACUACUAGUACCAUGUACAAACCUGAUACCCAUAUGUGUAGUGAGAUACUGAGAUGGCCAUGUCCAUCAUUCAUGGCAAGAUACAUAGUAGUUUGCAUGCAUGUAUGUGAAGGAAAACAGGGGAGGCCAAAGUCCGAUA